GCAGCCGACAAACAGAGGGGGAGGAGAGAGAGAGAGAGAGAGAGGGAGAGAGAGAGAGGGAGAGAUGGAGAGAGAAACAGAGAGAGAGAGAGAGAGAGAGAGCCCUGGCGUUCUCAGACAGACACUCAUCGCUCGCUCUCUCACUGGCUCGGUGGACAGAGCUGUGGCGCAGGAGCAGAGGAGCACAGAGAGGACACGCUGCCCGAUCAGAGAGAGGGGACCAGAGGAACAGUCUGUCUGCACGGGAGGAAUAGAAUACAGAAAAUAACAGGGCAAUAUCCAAAGGAGGGGAAGUGAGAGAGAGAGAGAGAGAGAGAGAGAGAGAGAGAGAGAGAAAAAGAGAGAGAGAGAGAGAGAGAGAGAGAGAGAAAAGAGAGAGAGAGAGAGAGAGAGAGAGAGAGAAAAGAGAGAGAGAGAGAGAGAGAGAGAGAGAGAGAGAGAGAAAAUGCACACAUCUACUUCAUGGGAGGAGGAGGAGCCCGGUUGGGGGUGGAGCUGAGAAGGAUUGACGGACAUCGGCACAAGAGGAGGAGCGUGAGGGCAAGUUCAUGAAUUUGAUUUGGAGAGAAGUAUUUUUAGAAAAGGAAGAAAACAAGAGGAGCGUUACGAUUAGAAAUGCCACAGUUCUGAGGGAGAGAAACAGAGUGAGAGAAAACUGGAACGAGAGAAUGAGGGAGAGAGAGAUACCAGGAUCUGAGCGUGACUGAACAGAUUUUCCAUCGACUCUGGUCAGGUUUCCCACAGGGAAACGCAGUGUGUGUGCAUGUGCUCCUCUCUCAGUGUGAAUGAGUGUUUGCGUGCGUCUGGGACUAAGAAGCGUCUGCUCCUCGCACAAGACGGGCUGGCCGUACAUUAUCACCCGCAGGACACAACACCCGCUUCUCCAGUCAAGAGAGGAGGAGAAGAGAAAGGACAAUGAAGGGGGGAAAUAGGGAGGGAGUGAAAGAGUGACAGAUGGGAAGAGGGGAAGGCUGGAAAUCAAGAAGAUAAAAGUGAGCUCACAAAAAAAGCCGGAGAAUAAAUUAGCGAGGUAGACUCACAAAGGCAAUUAGUGAUGCGCGGCUGCUCGUUUUAGCAGUGUCAUGUAAACAAGUCCAGCCGUGGUGGUGUUGGAGGGUUAGCAGGUUGAACGAGGCUGAGCAUCACUGAUCGAAGUGGAGCGACGGCAAAGUCCCAAAAGACAGCAGCCUUGGUCGGCAGAGAGGAGCGCCGACAGAGCAGAGGGAACCGGCAGGACAAGCCGUUCUUUGACAGAUGGCACCAGAUAGAACCACAACAGACUCACUGCUCUCUUCUUUAACCUUCCGUUCUUUCAUUUUGUCUGUGCUUCUCAGCUCAUCUUGCCUCUCUCUCCUCUAGCACUCACUCCACCCACUCUCUUCUCCCUCCCUAUCCUUUUCCCUCUCACUCCCUCCCUCUCGCUCUCUAGCUCUCUCUCUCUCCCUCUGUCUCUUCCUCCCUUGCUCUGUGUUACACUAACUGGUGCGGAUGCUGGAGUCGCUCAUGUAGAAGCUGCAUCGCUUGGUGCAUAUUUGCAUGGCUGAAUGUAUUUUUUACUGCUGAGUUGGGUGAGUGGAGUACUUUCAGGUCAAUGGAACCAGAUGGACUGAGAGGGAGAAGCCCAACAAGUAGCUAAAGAGUAAAACAGGACACCAACAACAACAAACAGAAGACACUGUGACAGAGAGAGAGAGUUAGUAUGUGUGUGUGAGUGAGGUUGUGUGUGAGGAGCUUGUACGGAUUGUCAGAUAAGCACAAAUCCAGGUGUGGAUUACACCAGUGGGGAUAUCGGUGCCCUGGAGCUCCAUGUGGGGCCCAGCCCCUGAGGCCUGGCUGGGAGAUGAAGCCUUUCUCUCGGCACUAGGAGCGGUUUGGGCAGCCAUGGCUCUGGAGGGGCGAUGUCUCCAGCGGGGAUCCCCAGCCGUGGUGAGGAGAGGCCGCCGGCGCCUCCCUGCAAGGCCAGGCCUGUCCUCAAUCACCUCCACCCUGCUGGCUGGGACAAGUCUGCAUGGCCUCAGGCAUGUGUGUGUGUCCGGUGGCUCCAUAGGCCGUCGGGCCUUCUGGCUGCUGGCCCUGUGCACCUCAUUGGGCCUGCUCCUUUCCUGGUCCUCCAACCGCCUGCUCCACUGGCUCUCCUUCCCCACCUACACACGGAUCCACACAGAGUGGGCCAAGGAGAUGGCCUUCCCCACAGUCACUAUCUGCAACAACAACCCAAUCCGCCUCUACAAGCUCACCAAAAGUGACCUGUACUUUGCUGGCCACUGGCUGGGCCUACUGCUGGCCAACCGGACAGUGAGACCCAUGGUGCUGGAUUUGCUGCAGGAGGACAGCCAGGCCUGGUUCAGCAAAUUGUCUGACUUCAGGCUGUUCCUGCCCCCCAGAAACUUUGAGGGCAGCAACCUGGAGUUUAUGGACCGGCUGAGCCACCAGCUAGAGGAAAUGCUUCUCUCCUGCAAGUACCGAGGAGAAGCGUGCGGUCCCCAGAACUUCACCUCUGUGUUCACCAGGUAUGGGAAGUGUUACAUGUUCAACGCAGCGGAGGAGGGGAAGACGCUGCGGACCACCAUGAAGGGAGGGACGGGGAACGGCCUGGAGAUUAUGCUGGACAUCCAGCAGGACGAGUACCUACCCGUGUGGGGCGACACAGAGGAGACAGCGUUCGAGGCGGGUGUGCGGGUGCAGAUCCACAGCCAGGCAGAGCCCCCCGUUCGUCCAUGAGCUGGGCUUUGGCGUUGCCCGGGCUUUCAGACCUUUGUUGCCACUCAGGAGCAGAGGCUGACCUACCUGCCUCCUCCGUGGGGAGAGUGUGAGUCCAAAGCCCUAGACUCUGGCUUCUUCCAGGUCUAUAGUGUGACAGCUUGCAGGAUCGACUGUGAGACACGCUACAUCGUGGAAAACUGUAACUGCAGGAUGGUGCACAUGCCCGGUGAUUCUCCAUUCUGUACCCCUGAACAGUACAAAGACUGUGCAGAGCCUGCCCUUGCCAAGUUGUCAAUGCUGGAGAGUAGCAACUGCAUCUGUAGGACACCAUGCAACAUGACACGCUACAACAAGGAGCUGUCCAUGGUCAAGAUCCCCAGUAAGACCUCAGCACGCUACCUGGAAAAGAAGUUCAACCGCUCUGAGAAAUACAUCACGGAUAACAUCCUAGUCCUGGAUGUGUUCUUUGAGGCCUUGAACUAUGAGACCAUUGAGCAGAAGAAAGCCUACGAAGUGGCAGGCUUACUGGGUGAUAUAGGUGGUCAGAUGGGUCUGUUCAUCGGGGCCAGUAUCCUUACCAUCCUGGAGCUAUUUGACUACGCCUAUGAGGUCAGACAUAGAACACACACCAUGUAGAAACUUCCAAAGACACACACAUUCUC